ACUCCUUUGUUAUUUUAUUUGGUGUGCGAAUAUUUUUUUAAUAUUGCAUUCAUUAAAAAAAAGAACAUACUUGCUUUAAAAUUAUCAGUUCUUCUAGUAAGGUUUAAUGCUUUAGAAACAAAUUAUUACUAACAACACGUAAGAUUAAUGAAAGAGAUUAGGGAAUUUAAGUUUGGGAAUUAAAUAUGUACAUGUACAUAUACAUAUACAUACAUGCAUAUUUGGAGAUACACCCUACAACUUUUCAUUAUCGCUUCUAGAUAAGGAAGUUCCCAAAAAUGCAGGUCGCAGUUCUAGGAGGUGGUAUAAAUGGAUUUUGUUGUGCAAUACAAGUAAAAGAAAAGUGGCCAGGAGCAAAAGUUUCAAUAAUAUCAGAUCUCUACACCCCUAACACAACUGGAGACGGAUCAGCUGGGCUAUGGGGACCAUAUCUCAUGGGUGAUACUCCAGCCGGCAAAGUCAAUGAAUGGUCAUUGGGAAUGCACAAAUUUCUAAAGCAAAUAUGGAUUUCCGGUGAUAGUGGAGAGGCUGGCGUUUGUCUAAUUCCAUGUGUUCGUCUAGCAACAGGAGGAAAUCAGCUCGAUGUUUCUUGGAGAGAUAUAGUGUACGGCUGCAGAGCAAUGAAACAAACAGAAUUGGAUGCAUAUAGUGGGACACGGUCCAGUAAAUUUACAUCCGGUUUGCACUUUGUCACUUAUACAUCGGAACCGGCAAAGCUCUUGCCCUACUUAGAGAAAAGGUUUAGGUCGUCUGGAGGCAAUGUUAUUAAACAAAAAAUAAAUGACCUUGAGGAGCUCAUAAGGAACUCCAAUUAUGAUGUUUUUGUCAAUUGUGUAGGGCUAGGUGCUCUUGACUUGGUCAAUGAUAAAAUGGUUCAUUCGAUUCGUGGUCAAGUUUCAAGAGUUAAGGCCGACUGGAUAUAUUAUGCUAUUUUGGACGAAAGUUUUAAUGGAAAUUACAUUAUUCCAAACUUGGAUUCAGUUGUAUUAGGAGGGACACAUCAAGAAAAUAAUUAUAAUUUGAACAUUUGUCCGAAUGACAAAUCUUUUAUAAUAAAUGGAUGUCAGAUUCACCUUCCUGGCUUAAAGCAUGCACAACAUCUAAAAGAUUGGGUUGGUUUGCGCCCUGGAAGAAAACAAGUUCGUUUGGAAAUGGAAAAAACCUAUAAUAAUAAAAUUUUGAUUCAUAACUACGGACAUGGUGGUUGCGGUGUUACUCUGUCUUGGGGAUGUGCAUCUGAAGUAGUUGAAUUACUUCAAAAAUCAAUGAAAUCAAAAUUGUAAUAUACCACUUAAUAAAAAAUUAAAAAUAA